AUGGGAAGAUACAACACGAAGAAAACAGAAAUGAAAAAAGUGGCUUCAUUUUUUCCCCUCCUUUGUCUUUUUAUCCUCCUUGCCUAUUUGAACGAUGUGCAAUUGGCCGGAUGUGUAGGUAGAGACAUCAGAAGGGGCGCUGUGAAGAGCGCAUGGACAGCCCAAGGGAGACAUAGCAUGGAACCCCUGGGGGGGCAGGAAAAACCAGGACCAUCACAACAAUCUCAACGGUCGCAACGGUCGCAACGGUCGCAACGGUCGCAACGGUUGCAACAAUCUCAACAAUCAGAACAAUCUCAACAGUCGCAACAGUCGGAGGAGACGCCACAAGCGAAGGAUUCUGAACUGGCUGAUCGGAAUAACAGCGAGGGAGCAAAGAAGGACAUGAUUGAACGAGAGGAACAGAACAAAAAAGGGCUCUACUCCUUCAUGUCACUGGAGAUAAUACCCUACAUCGUGCACGCACUAGUCCAUCCGGGGAGUAAUGAAGUCCCCAGUCCAGUGGAAGAGAAGCACAUCUUCAAUUUUGAAAAAAGUCCAACAGUCAGAUAUAUGCUUAUAGCUCAGGAGCGCCGUGAUAACUUCAUGUACAUUUUUUUUAUCGUCGUAUCUUUUGUGGUGGUUAUUUUAAUAGCAAUUUUUAUUUUUAAAUUUUUUUUCAACCUUUGA